AUGAUUUUACAGCUCAUCUCGUAUCUAGGGAAUAUUUUCGGAUUUGUCUUUUUAACAUUAUCAAUAGCGUCAGGAUUAUAUUACAUUAGUGAAAUCGUGGAAGAACAUACAGAACCUACCAGAAGAUUUCUUACACGUGCAAUUGCAUCUAUAAUUAUACUUUUAUUUCUUCUUCUAGUACUAGACAGAUUCCCCGUGAAACUAACUUUAUUUUCCAUUGCCUCUCAUGUCCUUUAUUACAGAAACUUAAAGAAGUUUCCAAUAAUUUCACUAAGUGGGCCAACAUUUAUCAGUAGUUGCAUUGCUGUAGUGUUGAAUCAUUACUUAUGGUUCAAAUAUUUCAAUAACAAUGAAAUCCCUCCGCAAUUCAGAUUCGAUCCAAAUUAUAUUCCAAGAAGACGUGCCAAUUUCACAGAAGUAGCAUCAUUUUUCGCAAUCUGUAUUUGGUUCAUCCCAUUCGCAUUAUUUGUUUCAUUAUCAGCAAGUGACUAUGUCUUGCCCACGACUACAGAGAUGGAUAAUAAGAAAUUUGAUACUGAAGCAGAUGAAUCCGUUACUCCUAAAUUGAAGAAGAGAACCAUUGGACUGGCAAGGGUAGUAAUUAAUGGUAUCCGUAAACGUAUUUAUUCUAUAGCCAGAUCUUUUGGUUAUGAAAUUGAUCCAGAUUAUGGAAGAUUACUAUGA